AUGCUACUUUCUCUCUUUACUAAGUCAUCUGAAACACCUGUGUUCUACAAGAAAAUCAGAACUUCUAACACUUAUGAAGAAGAAACUAGUUUAAGCUCAGGCCCUUCUAAGAGCUUAUCAGAACAAACUAAAGCUCAAGUUUUAAAUAGCCAAGAACCAAAAGCUUUAUCAACACAAAAAGCACAAGAAGCACAUAUAGUAACAGACUUAAAAGUCAGCAAAGCAUUAAACAAAAAAAAUACUGAUUCUGUAAAAAAUGAUGAUGCUUUGUUUACAUCUGCUGACAACACAUACACAGAAAUUAAAACUGAGACAGCUGAAAAAGAACCAACUGAAGAUACUCCAAAGGAACUAACCAAUUCCUUAAUAGAAAAUCAUUCCAUAGAUACCAACAUGAUAGUAAAUUCACUGACCACCCUCUAUAGUGAUUCCAAGAUUGCUAAAUCCUCUUUCAUCAGCAAUGAUGACAAUAAAUUCCAAUUGGUGCUGGAUGAACAAGUAGCUCAAGAAACUAAGGAACUCAAGGAAAUAACAAAUACACAGAAAGAAGAACUUAAAGAAAAUAAAACAUAUAUAACAAAAGAGAAAAUCUUAUCAAUAGAAAGAAAUGACAACACAGAAACACUUUUAGAACAAAACAACAAUAUUUCUACACAUAAUGAAGAGCUAUUUCAGGAAUUUGUAGAAUAUCAAGACUUUAAAAAAAGAAUUGAAUCAUAUAGCAAAGAAAAAUCAGCUAAUAUUAGGCCAGAACAAGAACUCCAUGAAGGUAGUUCUGCUAACAAAAAAGAAAACCUAUACUUGCAAGAUGAUGUGUCUAUUAUAAAUGGUGUGAGCUUACAAAAAAAUGAUAUAACACAAGAUAAACAAAAGAGACCUUUGUCACCUUUAAUAGAAAUAGACAAUGAUAAAAGAAACUCUACACCAAGUAAAGAUAAGAACCUCUCAUCUGACCCAAUAUCAGCACUAUGUGAUGAACUGGCUGCACU